AUGAUUAAUGACGAAGAGUUGGGAUUCCUUACCAAUUUUAUUGGCAUUUUUGUAUUUGUUCUGGUAAUUGCUUACCAUUAUAUAAUGGCCGAUCCCAAAUAUGAAGGCAUCUGAAUACUUUUGUCUGUUGACCU